AUGCCUGAAGUCAUCACUAAAGUCAUCUACAAGCCAGAUCCUCAGUCAACCGAGGAAUAUCUUGUCAUUGUCGAUCAUGACCAGUAUAAGAAGUGGAAAGAAGGAGCCUUCCAAGUCUUCUACUCCAACCAAGGGAACCAAGGGCUUCUAGGGAAGCCAUCGAAGCAACAAUUGGAUACAGUCUUUGGCACGCACAAAGACGACGACGUUGUGCUAGCGAUAUUACAGAAGGGCAAGCCUCAGGCUAGUGAAGGUAUCGCCAACUCGAAUUUCGGCACGACAAAUGUUGCUCGUGGGAGUAUUGGCGUUAGUACUCGAGGAAAGGGCAACACAGGCAUCUGA